CACAAAGUCUUGUACACAGCUCUUAAUAUGCUCUUAUAUACCCUUAUAUAUGCUCUUAAUAUUCUUAAUAUGCUCUUAUAUACCCUAACAUUUCAAAACACGAGCAAAAAAUCCCAAGUGUCACAAUUUGAAAUACACUUGACAGUACUUUCUUGUCCCAACAAAAAGUUAAAUGUCUUCUUGGUUUGAACAACAUCCCCUGCAGCCACCCAAUGAAGAAACUCCUCCAAGAAAUUACAGGAACAACAAGAAAUAUAGAGUAAAUAAGCCAAAAAGCUUUGAUGAAUCAAUCUUGAUACCCAAAAAUUCUCCAACAACUUUUGCAGCUAAUUGUUAUAAUUAUUCAUCAUCUGUUUCUCAUGAUUCUUACACAAGUACAAAAGAUAAGAAACUUCAUCCUCUUUUUCCUUUGCCUUUGCCAUUAGAUUCACCUCAAUUCUCUACAAGAUCAAGUAAUGGAUCAUCAUCUUCUUCAACUCAGUUCAAUGACGAUGAAGAACAAGGGAUUAGUCCAUUAUUUAGUCCAUUCAGAAAUAAAUGCAAUUAUUGGUCAAGAACUUCAAAUGAGAGUUCAAAAUCUACCUCACCUUGCACUUCAUCAACAACAUAUCCAAUGGUAUGGGGAAAGAUUUUGGAUUCUCCAAAUCGAAAACAAGAAAAGUGUAAUCAUCCACGCCAUCCUCUUCCUCUUCCACCAAGUUCUUCUACUAAAACAGGGCAAGCUCUCGAAUCCAAUUGGAAGAAAGGGAAGUUGUUAGCAAGAGGGACAUUUGGACAUGUCUAUGCUGGAUUUAAUAGUGAUAAUGGACAAAUGUGUGCAAUAAAGGAAGUGGGAAUCAUCUUUAAUGACGCAAUAUCAAAAGAACGUCUCAAACAGCUGAACCAGGAGAUCACAUUGCUCAGUCAAUUCUCCCAUCCAAACAUUGUGCAAUACUAUGGAAGUGAAUUGAGAGGAGACAAAUUGUCACUUUACUUGGAGUAUGUCCCUGGAGGAUCAAUUCUUAAACUACUUCAAGAAUUUGGUCCUUUUGAAGAACCAAUUAUCAGCAACUACACUCGAAAAAUUCUAUCCGGAUUAGUCUUCUUGCAUGAGAGAAACAUAGCACACAGGGAUAUUAAAGGAGCAAACAUACUAGUAAAUGCUGAAGGCGAAAUCAAGCUUGCAGACUUUGGAAUGGCUAAACAGAUAAAUUCAUGUUCUCUGAUGGAUUCUUUUGAAGGACGUCCACAUUCGACGGCUCCAGAGGUAGUAAAGGAUGCAGGAGGUUCCAGUGUUGCUGUAGAUAUUUGGAGCCUAGGUUGUACUGUUCUUGAGAUGGCAACAGCUAAACCUCCAUGGGGCCAAUAUGAAGGAGCAGAUGGGAAGAACAUUCCUGAAAUUCCCAGGAACCUCUCAGAUAAUGCAGAGAGUUUUUUGAAACUGUGCCUGCAGAGGAAUCCAAGUCUCCGUUCGACGGCUGCUCAGCUGCUACAUCAUCCAUUUGUUCAGGCAUAGUGGUGAGAAAGAGUUAGCCACACCCUCCAUCUUGAUGAAAAUCCAUCAUUAAUCGGCCAGUUUUAAGGCUGUGGAUAUUUGCAGGCUUGUAUCUAGACAACAGGCUGAGCAGGACUGAUAGUGAAGGAGAGCUGCUAUUUAAACCGUAGUAGGAUGGGAAGGAUCUGGAAUGAAGAGACGAAGCUCAACAAUCGAGUUAAGACAACAUGCCAAGGAAACGAAAAUGAGCAAGUUGUUGGAAGCUCAAGACUACAAAGCAAAGGGAGUCUUGUGCGUUCGAUUAGCUUAGAGGCAGAUAGGUCAUAAGGAAAUAGACGUUCGAACAAGAGAUAUCUCCUAUCCGCACAUACCACCCAAGGGACGGAGGUUCGAACAAGAGAUAUCUCCUAUCCGCACAUACCACCCAAGGGACGGAGUCAAUAACAGAGACAAGAUUUUCACCAAGGGGUUCAACAUCUAUUAUAUACACAAAAAUAAAAGAAAAAAAACCGCCUUGUGCAUGUAGUAUAAUUUUCGGGAGAAGAGGUUUGCUUCUAGCUCCAACCAAUGGCCUGAGGUAAAGGUAAUCGUUUGAGGGAGUGGGUGUAAGAUGUAUAUCCUAGUAAGAGCAUCAGUUGAGAUAAUACUACCCUAGUAGUGGAUCAGUUGCUCUGCCUUAACAGUUGGGUAUUCCGUUCAACGUAAUCAUGGAUGACCUCAAAAUUCUCCUUUCAGAUGUUGGGAAAAUAUGGCAAUUUUACCUCCAUCAUUAGAAGCAGCUAAAAUAUCAUUUACCAUAAGACCAAGGUAGAAUAUACCAGAUGGUAUCGAUGAUCACCCUUGUACAAGCUAUAUAAUAUAAUUCAAUCCAACAACAGGUCAAAAAUACCAAUUCAUGUACAAAAAUAUCC